CGUCUCGAAGCAUGGUGUGGGCACGGCAAGGAGGCACAGAGAGAGAGAGAGGCAGAGAGGCAAAGAUGGCAUCAAGAUUCAUCUUUGUCUUCACAAUUCUCUCGUCUCUUGCUCUUGUCUCCUGUCGACACUCCAGGCUACCAAACCCCAACACGAUGAUUAAUCGAGCAUGCAGGAGAACAAACGACUUCCCAUUCUGUGUCUCCACUGUCAAGUCCAUUCAAGGUACAACUGCUGCAAAUGCCAGAGCCCUCGCGCAGAUACUCGCCAAGCACGCGCUCUCUCAGGUCGACGAAGGCACUGCUUACAUCGAGAAGGUAUUCUACGACCAACAAGAUUUGGUGGUUAGGGAGUACCUUGCAUUGUGCCUCGAUGAUUACGCGAAGGCUGGGAAAAAGCUCAAGCAGAUCGAAGACACCUUAUCAAGCAGUAGGAAUUACAAGGUGGUGGUCAAGCUCAUGAGGGAGAUUGCUAGCCAUGCCACUGACUGCCAAGAAGCCUUCGAGAGGAAAAACUUUCAAAGUGAAGUUAACUAUAGGCCUCCCAGGCCAUGUCCUCUUUCGCGGCAGAAUCAAAUUAUUCAACUAAUGGCUGAGGCUGGCGCAGGUUUAUUAGGACGGCACAGACGGACGAGGUCCCCGUCAGCGGUCUGGGGCACAAGAUCACGCCUGUCUAGGUGAUCUUUAUUUCGAUAUGAUGGGGUCUGCAUGAGUUACACCUUUGUUUCAUCAGUGUACAAUGAUGAAUUUGUUUCCUCGAUGUACGGCGUUGAAUUGCUGAAUAAAAUCCUUGAUCCAUUUCUUUUUUCUUUUAA